CCGGAAGAGGCCUUGAUCACAAACACUGUCUGUCUGCAGGUUAUUGACAGUUUAUAUUCCAUCAUCUCUCCAAGUAGACAUCCAGCCUGGUUCCCGCGGAGUUCACGAGACGAUCUAAUGACGUAAAUUUCCCCCCCUCGUCCCUCGUUUAGUUCGCCACCUGCAGCACAGCGCGGGCAUGCAUCGAUGCGUUCGACGAUCGCCGGAUCCAGAGCUCUGUUGUACCAUUGUCGGGUCUGUAUCCCAGCAUGGGCCCGGAAGUUGUUUGGGAUUCCCAGGUAAAGAAAAAAAUAAAAAAAAAAUCCGGGAGAUGCUGUCGUCGCCUGGGAAAACAAACAUCCAGCCAGACAGUUGGAAACAGGGGCAAACCGCGACCGGUCGCCAGGUAAGGAGGAGGCCGGUGGACGUCGCCGCGGCUGCCGGUAAGACGCGUCUGUCGGGUUGGAUGUGGGGGGGGCGGCAUGUUUGUGAGGAGUCGGUCGGGGAGAAUGCCAAUUGUCGUGUGGUCGGGUGCCAUAGCAACGGCUCAUGAGAAACACGGUAAAAGGCGCAGGCCGGUUUUCUGACGCUGCGGGACUGACAGCGGCGUUUCACCGCACACGCAGCGGCAACUCCGCGCAACAUGCCACCGCCGCCGAUCGGUGCCGGAGCGGAGCGCGUCCCCCGAGCCGCCGACACAAGGAGGCGCGGAUCACACGGAGAAACAUGAGAGUUGGUGCGGGGUGAUGCAUGUGUGUGUGUGUGUGUGUGUGUGUGCGUGUGUGUGUGUUGCGUGUGUCGCCCACCUCGGGGGCUGUCAUGCAACAGGGUCGCUGCUGCUGCGUGUCCCCCCCCCCCUCCAUCUAUGUAUUUUUUUUUUGCCCUGGUGAGACUGGCGCGUGUCUCGGCUGCAGCAGCGCCUGUUGCUCCCCGUGCGCGGCCAAUGCCAGGAUCUUCAUCUCCCCGUGUCUCCGCCUCCUCCACAGUCUGCUCCGUCCACUGUUGUCAUCCAUUUGUGCAGAAAGGUGCAGCAGCGCCCGGCUGGAUCCCCCCCAAUGUCCUUUUAACAUGGGAUUAAAUAAAGCCUCACACAUCACAUAACACACAACAUGUUCUGGAUGUCACAACUCGGCGCAGCAGGUGUAGUCUACACACCUCACUUUGUUGUCUGCUGUGGAACAAUCAUGUUGUGGGCAUCCUAUGGCUGGGCAAUAAAACAAUAUUAAUUAAUAACAAUAAACAUAAUAAUAAAAAUAGUAAUAACUUUAUUUGUAUAGCACUUUUUAAUACAAACAACAAAUUGCUUUACAGCAGGCAGGUAUACAAUACAAUUUAAUAACCUGAGGAUGUAGUUACAUAACAUAAAGUGCAGGUAAAACAGCAAUAAAACGUCAUGUGAUAAAAGCCUUUUUUUAUAAAAAGAAUAUUUUUAUAGAGUAAUUAAAAGACAAGAGAGAAUUACAUUUUCAUAAAUAGUAAUAUAAAAAAAGUCCAAUAUAUAUAUAUAUAUAUAUAUUGCUCAUGCAUUGUGGAUUUACAGUGAGAAAACACAUUUUUGUUCAAGAUUUGCUAUCAAGUGUCAUUCUCUGCUCUCAGAGAAAAAUUUAAAACCGCAACCUUCACUUAUCGAUAUCGACAGAACAUUAACAUCCCUGUGUCAAUGCAAUAUAUAUUAUAAUAUUCUUAAUAUAACAUGUCUGUGGAGAUUCUCAGUCCUCCAGGUCAUGGUAUAUCCAAGUGCUUAAAACACAUCGACUCAACCAAGUCCAGUAGAUGUCUCUUUAGCACUUAGACAUAUAUUAUAACAUACAUUUUAGAAUAUAGGACUAGAUGGUGAAUAUCAUAUAAUACUAAUAUAGUAUUAUAUGAUAUAUAAUACACAUUGCAUGGACACAUGGGAUGGACAAAAUAACAGGAAUAUAGAAUAAACCCAAAAACGUUAAUAUCAACAGAAUUCACUGUCAAAAGUGUUGCUUUAUGAAGCCAUGCAUACAUAUUGAUAGAUGGUAAAUGGAUUUGUAUUUAUAUAGCGCUUUUCUAGUCUCGAUGACCACUCAAAGCGCUUUUACAGUACAGUUUCACAUACACAUUCAUACAGUGCAUCUACUUUCAGCACUUCUGUUAUUCUAUGGGGGGGCCAUUCAGGGUUCAGCAUCUUGCCCAAGGACACUUCGGCAUGCAGAUGGUUCAGACUGGGGAUUGAACUGCCGACCGUCAGGUUGGAAGACGACCACUCUACCCCUCAGCCACAGCCGCCCAAUAGAAUGGGGUAGACAAUAAAGCUAUACAAUAAUCUCAAGAUUAAAAAAAAAAUUCCAGUCGAUUCACCUCAAAUAUCAAAAACAUUUGUCACAUCAUUGUGUUUUUAAUGUUAAAGACAGUUUAAUUUACAGCAAAACUUUUGACUAAUCUGAGUUAUAUCAUAAAAAACACUUGUGUUAUACCUCCUCACUGUGUUUAUACAAUACAUAAGCAGCAUAUCAAUAUAUAGAUGUAGAAUCUCGUUAAAUUUCCAUUGAUGAAAACGAUAUGCUUGAAUUUGUUUUAUUGCCCAGCCCUAACUGGUGUAUUUAUUAAUAACAUAGAUCACGUCAGAAAACUUCACUCCUGAUUUUUCACACACACAAUUCAGCUUGGUGGGUAUAAUUUUCUAUAAAAAGAUUUUUUGAUAAAAGUGUUUUUUUAAUCUGUACAUAGGAAUAUUUGGUAUUUUUCACUUAUCUGCCUCUGUUAACGUCUAAGUGAUUUGAAUAUCAUAAUAUUAAUACUGGUUAAUAUUUUUUGUUGAGAUGUCAUCACAUCUUACAUUAAAGGUGUAGUUUUGUGGUGGUUGUGUGGCACUGAAAUGCACUAUACAAUGUCAAGUGUUCCAGCUAUUUUGUCCAACCCCUCAAGUUGUAACUCCUCCUUCAACACUCAAUACCUCUCUAUAAAUGUGGAGCUUCUCAUAUUCAUGUGCAGAAGAGUCUGGAACAGAGAUAGCAGAGCCCAAUCCAAGUUCAAUCCUCAAUUAGAAGUGAACUUAUUCUUAGACACUUGGAACUGAGAGAGGGUCAAGCUAUCUGUGUCCGAGCCUUAUUCCUGGACUGCUGCUAAAUAUGUUACAUAUGGCAUCUGGUGAGAGAAUGAAUGCUGAUGACUGCAAUGGGAGCUCAUUCGCACAGGGUAAUGGAGGCGAGUCGUCAACGGAACAGGAUUUUUAUGGCGCACUGCCGGGCCCUCCGGCGAAAUCUCCAACCAGUCAGCAGUCCUCGCCACACCGCUCCCUCAGUGCAAACUCCAUCAAGGUUGAGCUGUGCAGUGACAAUGAGUCACCGGAUGCUCCACAGCCGGAGAACAGAGAGGCUGUGAGGGCUGAUGGUGGUGGGGAUGACAGAGGGGACCCCAUGGAGGAAGGGAACGUAGAGUGCGCUGGACCUGGAAGAGACAGAGUGAACAUUUACGGUGAGAUGGCCAGUCCCAAUGCUGCUUCACCAGGGCCUAUCCGGCUCCCCAAUGGGAAGCUCCAGUGUGAGGUUUGUGGGAUGAUCUGCAUCGGACCCAAUGUGCUGAUGGUGCACAAGCGUAGCCACACAGGCGAGAGGCCGUUCCAGUGUAACCAGUGUGGGGCCUCCUUUACCCAGAAGGGGAACUUACUGCGUCACAUCAAGCUGCAUUCAGGAGAGAAGCCUUUCAAAUGUCACACGUGUAACUAUGCUUGUCGCCGGAGAGAUGCGCUGGCUGGACAUCUUCGCACACACAAAGUUUCGUCUCCAACGGUGGGGAAACCCUUCAAGUGCAACUUCUGUAGCCGCAGCUACAAACAACAAAGCACACUGGAGGAACAUCUAGAGCGCUGCCAUAGCUACCUGAGGAGUCCGGACCACCAGACGUCCAUCAACACACAGACUGCACAGGCUGAAGAGUCAGUCAAUAUGGAGAUUGUCACUAAACCUGGGCUCCAGCCAUCCAGUGAAAAAAUCCAGUUUGUAGAUAGACUGGCCAUUAGCAUCACCAAACGCAAGAGGUCAACACCACAGAAGUUUUUAGGUGAAAAGCACAUGCACCUUGACAUACCUGAAGCACCUUAUGAAUUGUCCUCUGGCUCCGAGAAAGACGGGGACCUCACAAGCUCUCUGUCUGCCGGGCUGGCUGCUUCACGCCUCCAGGGCGCCAGGGCUAAAGGUGACAACCAAGAGUCGCCUACUCUGUCUCAGCUCCAUCCUGCCUUUCUGUCGGAGCUCCGCACGGUUAUGGGCUCCAUCAACAGCAACGUGACUCCUCAGGGCCCCCGAGCCCAUGGCGGAGGUGGACUGGCCGCGAUGUCUCCUGGGCUGCCCGGCCGGGAGGCAGGCGAAGGCCGUGUCGACAAACCCUCAGUGCAUAGCCAUACCACCUCACCCAAUGGCUGUCCCGACUCUACAGACACAGAGAGCACAGCAGAGGAGCAGAGCACAAGGGCCACAGUCCCAACAAGUACCUCCAACAACCACCACCUCCACCACCAAACCCCAGCACUGCUCCGCAGCCAUCCCAUUUCCAGCCCCAUCCAGGCCAAAUACUUGGACCCAGAGUGGGAGAGAGCGUGUCCCGUGCCGCCCCCACCCGUAGUAAAGAGGAGCGCUGGCUCGACCCUUUCUUCCAGGGAGACCGUGCAGGUGUUAGACAGGGACGGCAGGCCUGUGCGCUCCUUCCACUGCCAGCACUGCCGCAUCCUCUUCCUGGACCAUGUCAUGUUCACCAUCCACAUGGGUUGCCACGGCUUCCGUCAGCCCUUCGAGUGCAACAUCUGCGGCCACCUCAGCCAGGACCGCUACGAGUUCUCGUCUCACAUCAGCCGCGGGGAGCACCAGGUGGGCUGAGGGCAAGGGGGCUCAUGUGGCGGGUUCAGGGAGGAGGGGCCGCUCCUGCUUUCUGAAGUCGUGGGCUCGCGUUUGUUCUGCACCAGAUCAGUUGCUUUAAAUCAAGAGUGUAAGUUAAAAAAAAAAAAAGUUUUUUAUUGUGAGAGUAUUUAUGAAUCUAGAAAGUAGACGCAAGUGAAGAAUCUUUUUAGCGCACCAUUUAAAGUUUAGCGGGGGCUAAUGACAUGCUACGAUUGAUUGCACUCCCAUAUCAAAUCACCCAGCAAAACUACUGGUUUUGCUUCUAAAGUGCCUUCUUGGGGGAUUUCCUCUUAACGACAAAAACCGGGGUGGUGGGACAGGUGCUCUUAAAUUUUUGACUAGCCAUCUUUUCCUAUAAGUGAUUUAGUUAGCACUUUUCAGAGGUCACGCACAGAGGCAUUUAAGAAAAGCAUGGUUUGCGUAGAUUCCAAGAAUUAUAUUUGGUAUGCACCAGGAGCUUUGUAUUCCUGGUCGAGGAGGGUGUUUGCUCUCGGGUGUCAGGAAAGCUUUAUAUGCACUGAAGAGCUUUGGGCUUCUGGGUUGGGGAGGAGCGUUUGUCACGGACGAAGCACAGGAACGGAUUGCCUUAACUCCUACACGAGUACGCUGCUGUAGGAAUACAUAUUGUUUACAGCUCGGUUUUAACGGUGUGUGAAGUCACAUCAGGAGGGAGGAUAGUGUUCAGCUGCACAGUGAGAAGACUAUCAGGGCAAAGGAAAAGGACGAGGGGACGUAAAACUUGAAAAUCUUCACCUGCAGGGUGAAAAGAGGUGUUCAGGGCUCAGAUGUAAAAUAGGUGUUUUUUUGGAUGUUAAAGCGAGCCUCGGAGAGCUGGUGCAGAUCAGACCAUGAGCCAUGUGGUGUACAGCCUGACUGAGACGGCCUGGGGUGCUAUACCUGUACAGGUUUGCACUUUUAGGUUCCCUGCUUAUAUAUGACCAUCUUCGCCGAAGCACUUUGACGGCUUUACAAUUUGUUUCUUUCCGUGAUUGUUCCUACUGCACUGAGAAAUUCUCAUCACACUCACAAAAACUGAUCACGUCAUUUGCAACGCCGGUGUGUUUUUAACGGAGCUGGCCUUCUACAGAGUCCCACGACAUUGCACUGGUUCCGUGAGGUCUCCACCCCAAGUUUGCUGCAUUGGGAGAAUAACAAAUCAAAUCAGUUCUAACUAGAAGAACUCUUUUUGUGGUUUGGCUCCCAGCGGUUGAGGCCGAAAGGUUCUUAAACAAUCUCCAUCAUGUAAGUGAUUUAGCAAAUGAUUUAAAAAUGAACGAACAAAUCAGUUUGGAUCUGUUGAGUUAUCACUUGUGAUUAUCUAUUUAGUGUUGUUUGUUUCAGCCUUGUUGUAUUUAAUCAGCUAUAUUCCAAAUCUUAUCCAGCAUAUUCCUCAAGUCCAUGAAAUGUUACCUCCUGCUUCUUUAUAGCACCCGAAUACCUUAUUGCUACAGUAUGGUGAGUUAUCUGAUAAUGUUAAUAUUGGAAACACGAAUGAGACCAAACUCAGUAUUCUUACUUGUUGUUGUGGGGUUUGCUGCUUCAUAGUUUAACUUGAUUUCCUUUAAUCGCAGGUAAAGAUGUACUUGAAAGUGAUGAAGAAAAAAAGAAAUCUAAAACUGCACUUGGUUUGAUAAGUAGAGUGUGAAUGGAAUAUAGCAUGUGUGCUUGUCAUCUUUUUUCUGCUUUUACCUGAACCGUGAAUUAUUUUUGAAAUGUGAAGUAAUUUUUAAGAAGUGAAAAUGAGGCAUGGGUCUCCUCGUGUGGACUUUUCAAUGUUCUAUGAUAUUUUGUGAAUGAUGUAACAUGACAAAACACUUUACCUCAAAGUUAAAGAUGUACAACUGCCUCAUUAUUAAAAAAAAAAAAAAAAAGUCAUGUUCCUUUCUGAGAUGUUCUUGCAGUUACAAAUGCGUGCCCCUCGAUAUUCUCAAAACUUUUUACUGUCAAUAAAGUUACGUUUAUUGUAA